ACAAUAGUUGAGCAUCAUCCCUCUUUAAUAUUUUCGGGUCACGAGCACGAGUCUUUCCACUUCAUUGGCCAAAAAAGCAUUGCCAGAGCAGAGGAAUUCUGGCCCCUCAGAGAUGAUGAUAGCAUCUGGAAGAUUGAUACUGUCACUGAGAAAUUGCAUGAGGUCACUGUUCCCACGUGUUCGUACAGAAUGGGCAAGAAGAGCUAUGGGUACGGCUCAGCUGUAAUUGGAAAGUCAGGCCUUGUCCACUACAAUGUCUUAUGGAUGCCCUCUCGUUUCCUGCAGUUGUGGCUGUAUGUCAUUAGUCUCGUGGGUGCGUUUCUGUUCACCUUGCCCUCCCUUGUGCCCUGGCUCAAAACUCAUGUCAUUAAACUGUGUAAAGCAUGUGCCGUUGGUCUUGUUAGCUUAGGGCCCAAGUACCAUCGUGUAUAAACCUCUAGAUGAG